AAUCCGGGAGGGUUGGCAAGUAUGAUGAAUGUUACUUUCUCUUCCUUCGGACUUUUGAAUGAGAAGGAGCAGAUAUCACUCCGCCAGAAAGUAGAGACCUGUGUGUGUGUGUUUCGUGUUUCCAACACAGUGACACGGAGGGAGGGCGUGGCUCCGGUGGUAGACACUUCACCCUUGCUCCUGAUGGGUCGUGAAUGCACGAGGGGUCGCAUUUCACUGCGUGGAUCAUUUCUCCCAGGAUGCAGACGGGACUCCGGAGGCAAGGUGCAGGGAGAGGACUGAGAGGAGGAGGAAGAAUUAGGUGCUGCUCACUGCAACUUUACUGCACUUUGACACAGUCCAGACGCACCAGGAACAAGAAGAAGUAGCAAAAUCAAGACGCCCUUCUAUGACUGAUGUAAUCGGUCUUCGGCACUCCGGAAGGAAGCCCAAGCGCUCUAAUGGAUCCGACCUCCCCCAGCCUGAGCUCGGCCACAACAGAGAGCGAGGAUCUUCAGUUCAGAGUGGACUUUUUCCGCAAGUUGGGUUACUCCUCCGUGGAUCUUAGGGCGGCGCUCUCCAAGCUGGACGACUGCACGGACACCAACUCGGUGCUGGAGGAGCUGGUUCGGCACCGCGGCGUACCGAGUAAUGGCGGUGAGGAGAGGAGCGCAGACCAGGAAGAUGGUUCGUUGGCUCCUGACCAGGGGUUCGAACCGCCCAGAAUGUCGCCUGGCAAGGCAGGUGGAGACUCUGAGUUGAGGCCUGUUGUUAUUGAUGGUAGCAACGUAGCCAUGAGUCAUGGCAACAGGGACGUGUUCUCAUGCCGAGGCAUCCAACUAGCUGUCAACUUCUUCCUGAGGAGAGGACACACAGCCAUCAAGGUGUUUGUUCCAUCUUGGCGCAGAGAACACAGCCGGCCCGAUGCUCCGGUCACUGAUAAACACAUCCUGACAGAGCUGGAAAAAAUGCAAGUAGUUGUCUUCACUCCGUCUCGCCGCGUCCGUGGGAAGCGGGUGGUCUGCUACGACGACCGCUUCAUCGUCAGGUUGGCGUGCGAGUCGGGCGGCGUGAUCGUGUCCAAUGACACCUACCGCGACCUGCAGCGAGAGAAGCCCGAGUGGAAGCAAUGCAUCGAGGAGCGCCUCCUCAUGUACUCCUUUGUGAACGACAAGUUCAUGCCCCCAGAUGACCCUCUGGGCCGUCACGGUCCCAAUCUUGACAACUUCCUCAGGAGAAAGCCUUUACCAACAGAGCAAAAGAAACAACUCUGUCCGUAUGACAAAAAGUGCACUUACGGCGUGAAAUGUAAGUUCUACCACCCAGAGCGGGCCAACCAGUCCAACCAGUCGUUGGCCGAUGAACUGAGAAAAAAAGCCCAGAUUUGCCCCGAGACUGAGGAGAUAUCAUCGCCUCACAAACAAUCUCAGUCCGACGCUAAUCUCCGUCCUCAGGAAAUCUACAGAGAGCCCAAACUAGACCAGCUGAGGUCCUCACAUCCCGCUCAGGUUACUGAAACCAAAGUCUUGUACCGGGGAGGUCCAGGAACCAGUCUAAACCAAGUGCCCUCCAAUAAGGAAUGUUCUGAGCUGCACUUCAUCCCCAAUCAUUACCAUGAUAGCACCUUCUAUGAGUACUUGGACUCUGGCCUUGGCUCCGAUGAGAGCCAGUACUCUGAUGUCAGGAACUCCCGCCAGCCCACACAGUCCUGCCCGUGCUGUUCACACCCUAGAAGCCUGGACUCUGCACGUCAAUUCUUCAUCCCGGCUCAGAACCACAGCCUACCUGGCCGUCGUCCGUACAGCGGAGCCCAUCACUGUAAACAACGUUACAACUCGGAACCUUUUCACGGGCUACCCCAAGCCAGAAGAUGUUCUCCUCAGCCUGGAUCAGUCCCAGACAGCUUUUGUUGCUCUUGCUGGAGCCAACAGUACUUCCCUUGGGGUCAACGCCAUCACUUUCCGGCUGCGUUUGACCUGCGCGUGGUGGCGUAUGGUGAUGGACAUGUUCCCUCAUGUGAUGGUUGCAGAGAAGCUGGCUGCAGAGCUCCUCAUCCAGAAAACCCAGACUGGGAUCUUGUAGAAUCUUCUUGUCCUUCACAUAGGUACUGUUACAAGCUCCCAUAGCAAGGCUAUCCAAACCUGUUGAAAUCAAGGACCACGUUCCAAAAACGAACGGAUGCAGGGACCAUUUUGUCAGUCUUCAGAGUGGUGGUUAGAAAAUAUACUAAAAUCAAUCCCAGGUACAGUAGGUCAAGAUACUGUAAGCUGAGCAGUUAAAUAUACUGUACAUACAAAAUUGAGUUUAUUACACCUUUUUCUUUUUUUUAUGUAAAUAUUUUAUUAUUUGAUUCUCUGAUCUGAUUAUCCAAAUAUACAGUGCAUGAAUGUUAUAUAAG